UCAUUUUCGAAUUCUGAUUGGGUUGAGGCGUCUUACGAUUGCUCCUUGCUAGUUCAAACCUGACUAGCCCUUGACUCCAGUCAAGUUCUAGAUCUGGUUUAUAUGUUCUCAAACCUGAACCCCAAGUUAAAAACGGAUCUUAGCACUAGUAAAAAAACCCAACGGCUUCUCUUCCCGCCAAAAUUAAUGGUGCAAACAUAGCAAAACAAAUAGAAUGUCCACCUCCAAAAAUUACUAUUCCUCCUUGCUAAAGUUCUGCUGCGAAGAUCGAAGUCAGAUCCAGGCCAAGAGGCUCCAUUGCCACAUAAUCAAGAACCUAAGGAACCCAGAACCUUUUUUAUAUAAUAACCUCAUAAACGCAUAUGGCAAACUCGGCAACAUCAAAUAUGCACGCCGCUUGUUCGAAGAAAUGCCCCUCCCAAAUCAUUUUUCAUGGAAUACCAUCCUUUCCGUUUAUUCAAAAUAUGGGCAUCUCUCAAAAAUGCAAGAAAUCUUCAAUCGCAUGCCAAGCAGAGAUGGGGUCACAUGGAACUCUCUUAUUUCGGGGUAUGCCUGUUAUGGUUCGGUUUUUGAUGCUCUUAAGGCUUAUAACUCCAUGUUGAGAGAUGGAGCUGUUCAUUUGAAUAGGAUUACUUUCUCGACCAUGCUUGUAUUGGCAUCGAGUCAAGGUUGUAUUGAUUUGGGCAGGCAGAUUCAUGGGCAAAUAGAGAAAUUUGGGUUUGGAUCUUAUGUUUUCGUGGGCAGUCCUUUGGUGGAUAUGUAUGCAAAGACGGGUUUAAUUUAUGAGGCAAAGCAGGUUUUUGAUGGGAUGCCAGAGAGGAAUGUGGUAAUGCAUAACACAAUGAUCACGGGGCUGUUGAGAUGUGGGAUGGUAGAGGAUUCAAAGAGGCUGUUUCAUGGUAUGAAGGAAACUGAUUCUAUUUCAUGGACAACAAUGAUUACAGGGCUUGUACAAAAUGGAAUGGAGAGAGAAGCUAUUGAUUUGUUUAGACAGAUGAAGCUAGAAGGGCUCUCUUUGGAUCAAUAUACAUUUGGCAGUGUGCUGACUGCUUGUGGGGGUCUUACUGCCUUGGAAGAGGGUAAACAGGUUCAUGCCUUCAUAAUUCGGAGUGAUUAUAUGGCUAAUAUCUUUGUGGGUAGUGCUCUUGUCGACAUGUACUGCAAAUGUAAAAUUAUCCAAUAUGCAGAAGCAAUUUUUAAGAAAAUGACACGUAAGAAUGUUGUAACAUGGACUGCAAUGUUAGUGGGUUAUGGCCAAAAUGGCUUCAGUGAAGAAGCUGUCAGGAUUUUUGUUGACAUGCAAAGAAAUGGGAUUGAGCCAGAUUAUUUUACUCUAGCAAGUGUUAUAAGUUCAUGUGCUAACCUAUCUAGCCUAGAAGAGGGUUCCCAAUUUCAUUGUCGAGCCAUAGUUUCCGGUUUGAUUUCUUUUGUAACAGUCUCCAAUGCGCUUAUUACUUUUUAUGGUAAAUGUGGAAGCCCAGUAGAUUCCAGAUGCUUGUUCAAUGAGAUGAACUUCAGGGAUGAAGUCUCUUGGACAGCAUUGGUUUCUGGAUAUGCACAAUUUGGAAAAGUCAAUGAGACGAUUGCAUUGUUUGAAGAAAUGCUGGUCCACGGUUUAAAACCUGAUGCAGUUACAUUCAUAGGGGUUCUUUCAGCUUGCAGCAGAGCAGGAUUAGUUGAAAGAGGACAGCAAUAUUUUGAAUCAAUGUCGAAAGAACAUGGAAUCAUUCCUGUUCUUGAUCACUACACUUGCAUGAUUGACCUUUUCAGUCGAGCUGGAAAGUUAGAAGCAGCCAGAAGUUUUAUUAGUAAGAUGCCUUUCCAUCCUGAUGCAAUUGGUUGGUCCACUUUGCUGAGCUCAUGCAGGCUUUAUGGUAACUUGGAAAUUGGGAAAUGGGCAGCUCAGUCUCUAUUGGAACUAGAGCCGCAGAACCCUGCAGGUUAUAUCUUGCUUUCAAGCAUCUAUGCUGCUAAAGGAAAAUGGAAUGAUGUUGCUCAAUUGAGGAAAGGAAUGAGAGAAAGGGGAGCCAGAAAGGAACCAGGAUGUAGUUGGAUCAAAUAUAAGAAUAAAAUUCACAUUUUCUCAGCAGAUGACUGCUCAAGCCCAUUUUCUGAUAAGAUAUAUGCUGAGCUGGAUAAGUUAAAUGAAAAAAUGAUAGAAGAGGGGUAUGUUCCAGAUGCUAGUUCAGUUCUCCAUGAUGUUGAGGAGUCGGCAAAGAUACAGAUGCUUAACUAUCAUAGUGAGAAGCUUGCAAUUGCUUUUGGGUUGAUAUUUAUUCCCCGUGGCCUUCCCAUACGAAUAGUUAAAAAUCUGAGAGUAUGUGGAGAUUGUCACAAUGCCACUAAAUAUAUUUCUAAGAUAACUCAAAGAGAAAUACUCGUAAGAGACUCUGCUCGGUUCCAUCUUUUCAAAGAUGGAACGUGUUCAUGUGGAGAUUUCUGGUGAUAUGGUUUUCUUGCUGUCCAAAGCUGUUGAGAAGGACAUUGAAAACCUAAUAUCACCAGGAGGGGCAAUCAAGAUCUUUGAUUUGAAGGACGUUAAAGAGGGCAUUAUGCAGUCACAUAGGCGUAUUGAAGCACUUAAGUGCUUUUUCUUGCUGGAUUGAUAAUCCUGGAGAAGUAUCUUAAUGUUAAAACAAAUGCAAAUUUGAUUUGGGAAUCUCCUUGGCUGAAAGCACUGUUAUGCACAAACUUGAACCAUGUCCUUGAUAUCUUCUUCAUUCCCCUUCGAGAUUUUGCUAUGUUGGAAGUUAGGUGACUCUCGUGUCAUACACAUUCCACAUACUUCUCCAAGGAGCAUAAGUUUCCAACAGAUGGUUUAUCUUCUGAAACUCAUUGACAUAUUGUUUUAUAUAUAUACGCAUAAAGGUUACCGAA